AUGCCACGCCGUGUACACCCCAUUAUCCAAGCAAUAUGGGCCGGCAACCCACUCCCUCCCCAUAUUCCCGACCCAGCCAAAGUCCCCCCCAACCUCAACGGCCUACAAAACUACCCCGGGGCCCCUCUCAUCCAGGCAAUGGAAGACUUCCCAAACCUCGCCGUGCAAAUAUUCAUGUUUGGCAUCAACCCCUUCAACAGCCGCGGCCCAUACAGCACAAACAUCCACACCUACUGGUGGAGAUCCAUCCAACUGCUCAAAACACCGGCCGACGUUGUCGGCUGGCACACAAUCUAUUACCCAGGCACCCCGCUCAACCCUACAACCCAGGCCGCCCGGACAGCAAUUUUAAACAACGUCACUGCGAACCUCUGGCCAAUAGACAGGCUUAUUGAGAACGACGCUAUCCACGCCCUUGUUGCCCUGGAGGCCACAUAUAACUGGGACCCGCUGGGCUACGACGCCACGGGCUCGACCUACCUCAACGCCGCAGCCAAGUAUAUGCUCGCCAAACAGGCGGCCUACGAGGCGACACAGGCAGCGCAGGCCGGGGCCGCACAGCAAGCGCAGCAGCCGGAGCCGCCGGAAUGGCUAGUGUUCAACUAUAUCCUCCACAAGGCGCUGGCGAAUCGCAACUAUGCGAUGGACCGCGUCACCGUCCCCGCCCUUACGCUCUCAAUACCCGGGGCCCCCGCGGCCGCGAUACUGAACCACCUGGACCUUGUUAUGCAGAAUGCGCCGUAUGCCUCGUUUAUACGCUACUGGGAUGCCCUUGAUACGCCGGCUGCCGGACACAUCCAGCUAAACACGGCGCAGGCACCCCUGCAACCUGCGAGCAUCGAAGCCCUCUGCAAAAGGCUACCCCGCGGCCGCGCGGAGAAGCUCAAGGCUAACAAUGGACUUGACCUCGCAACGACCCCGGGAGCCUGGUAUCUGGCGAUCGAGAACCCACACGCCAACUUCAUGACUUUUCUCCAGCGAAGUGCUGCGCAGGGGCAGAUAGACACGAUAGUUCUCGGGAUCGCCACGGUCCCACCCGUCGAGCACGCCGCGACCCGAAACAACUUCAUCGCCUUCAAGAACCUCCUCGCCGCGGGCGCAAACGUGGACGCGUGGGUCGAGGCCCAAUUCACCUGGGCGCGGUGGCCGAAUCUGAGGAGGAGGUUCUGGCGCGAGGCGCUGGGGUACUAUACACGGAUCAACAACCCCAUUCACCCCCCAGCCUGGAAUGCCAAUGGCGGAACGCUCAUCCAUACGGUGGUCCAUUUCCUGAGCUUCAACUUUGCGGCGCCCUGGUUUAGGAAUAUGACGCCUACGCAGCGCGUCAGGGCCAGGAGGGACAUGUGUAUGCGUGCGGUGACGCUUAUUCGCUUGGUUAGGCGGGGGAAUCGGCAUGGGCGGCCGGUGUUGGGGGCUACGGAUGCGGCUGGGCGGACGGCGAAGGCAGUUGCUAAGAAUGAUGGAUUGAGCGAGAUUGAGGCUAUCCUGUAG